AUGGAGGGAUUUUGGUUUUUCCUACCUCCUGUACUAGGAAUAGACUGGCGAUUGUUCGAAAAAUUGGAUAUUUGUGUGAAUGCUUUACAUGUUAAAAUCGGGGAAACGAAUGUUUUUAACGAAAGAUGGGCUUACCACGGGUUUUUGGGACCAUCAGUCUGGGCCAUUCUAUUCCCAGAUUUUUGCGACGGCUCGAAUCAAUCACCUGUUGAUGUAGAUACUGAACAUCUAGCCUACAACAAAAACUUGACUGCCUUUAAAACUAGAUUUAAAAAAUUGGAUGGAAUUAUGUUGAAUUUAGAGAAUAAUGGUCAUACAGUUAAAAUCAAAUUUAAGGGAGAUGGAGCAGCACCCGCUAUUAGCGGAGCUGAUCUACCAGGCAUUUACAAAACAUCUGAGAUACAUUUCCAUUGGGGAAGUAGAAAUUCAAAAGGUUCUGAACACACGAUAGAUAAGAGGGUUUAUCCUCUUGAGAUGCAUGUCGUUAACAUCAAACAAGAGUACCAUAUUGAUGACAAAUUUUUUAAUACUACGCAGGCUAUGAAUGAUCCCGAAGGGCUAGCAGUAUUGGGUGUACUAUUCGAAAUUGGUGAUUAUAAUGCUGCAUUUUCCGAAAUAUCUGAAAAUUUGGACUUGAUUCCAUACCAUGGGGAUAGUGUCACCUUACCGGCAUUAUCCUUGAAAAAAAUGAGGGGAAUGUUCCCUAAAAAUAUCCACGAUUAUUAUCGUUACAGAGGUUCACUAACCAGCCCGGAUUGUAACGAGGUCGUCAUAUGGACGAUAUUCGCUGAUACAGUUACAAUAUCUCAAGAACAAAUGGACACUUUUAGAAGUUUAAAAACGACCAAAAAAUUUGCCAAAUUUCACGAGGAUUUAGUCAAUAACUUCAGGCCCACCCAACUAUUGAAUAACAGAAUCAUAACAACUUCCAUAAGGCAAAGUCUUAAUUAUCCUCCGCCUUUAGACAUCGAUGAAAACCCUAAGAAUGUACCUGAUAAUGAAUACCAACAACCUACAUGA